GUGGAGAGAAGGAGGAGGGUGGGAGGUUAGGGGGCGUGGAACUAGGAGUGUUAUUGCAACUUCCACUGAGACAAGAGAUCAGUUCUGAGUAGAAUCAAAAUCCAAGAAACAACACUUCCAAGAUGGCGUCGCACGUGAGUGGAUUACUACGAGUUGCAUCGCGGUGCCAACUGUUAUGAUACUGAAGAUGCGCAGCAUAAACGACGUGUUAUUUUGAACAUUCAACAUGACCACCACAUGGAUAUUCUUUAUUUACAAGAGCACCAGGACUGUGGGUCGUGGUCUCUUCAGUUCUCGUCUUUACACAACACUUCAUCUAGUACCUUACAAUUCCUCUAACUUUUUUCUUGGGCGCUUUCUCGCUAUUGGAGCACCUUUUUGUCCCGGCUUGGGGAAUUAGCCACGAGCACGAGCAACGCAUAGUCAUCGAUUGGGAUGGAGAUGUGGAUGAUCUCGCAGAUGCAAAAAACGCAACUGCUAUGCUGCAAUCAUCAGAACCAAGUCCAAAGGUUAACAAUAAAGCGCAGGGAAAAGCGACGAAAAAGCCGCAGGAAACGACGUCGAAGCAAAAGGCGAAGCCAAAAACGAAGCCAAAAACGAAGCCAAAAACGAAGCCGAAGGCAAAGGCGAAGGAAAAGGCGAAGGGAGAGGCGAAGGAAAAGGCGAAAGCAAAUUUGCGCGCCGUCUGGUAAUUCAACCGCUAAGUCUACCACUGGCGCACGAUUAGAGUGCUCAGUCGUGAAGCCAUAUUACCGUGAUCAGUCACAGUCUCGCACCUUUAUUAUUUUUUUCACGGUGAUGCCUGUUACACUGACACUGACUUAUUGUAGAUUACAUCGAGUUCCCAAAAAAUGCAAAAUAUCUUUUGUUUUUUUAGAAAGAUCGUCUCUGGAAUUCUAAGGCUCUGGAGCUUGUAAUACGUAUAGACUUGAUGAAUGUUGUACAAUUAUUAAAUAUAUUUUUGAUUAUAAUCUCCGCAUGUGCGUCAGGCCGCCGGUGAGAUGGAGGAAGAGGGAUGCAAAAGCCCACGCGAAGGCACUGGUCGACGCAAUGGCAGACGUGAGUUUGAAGGAAUUCAUGGAAGAUGCCCGGACCCGUGCCAAAGCAUGGCUGACCCCGACAGUUGUUGUGGCUUACCGCUGGGGUUUGCAUGAGCGCUUGGCCAGGGCUAUUGUCAAAGGAAGCAGGCGAUUGCGCCACGACAUUCAACGAAGAAUGAAUAUGCUGAUAAAUUACGGGCACUUAACAAGUUUCCGUUUCGCGUCGCCCGAUCUUUUCUAGUUCUUCGCGCCCAGUAUUUUUCACUAUCUUCAAUGCCAUUGAGCGAGCAAAUGCAACUAGUAGCUCUGCCUAGGAUUGGCAUUCAUUGGAUUUGGAAAGCCAAGGCGACGCAUUCGUUGAUGUCAACUCUAAUAAUAAGAACGGGAGCAAGUCGUGGUGGAGGCGAAAAGUGAAGAUAUUAUUAACUCUCUCGGCAGCACGGUGGCCGAAUUGAUUCGACUAAAGGCAGAGUCAGGCGACCCAAAUGAAAUAAAACAGCUGCAGCGUGAGGCUCGCAGGCUGACGUGCUACCUCUUAGAAUUCCACUUUGCGGCUAUGGCAGAGGCAUUCAAAAUGUACCUCUUUUAUUCAGUCAUCUUCAGUUUUCAUCGGUUUUUAAUAUGUCUCAACCUAUCUUGCAUCUUGGAUAUCUUCGGUUUUGCAAGCAUGCUUCUCUUUCUCAUAGAAGAAGAUACACACUUACUUCACUUCCUUCUUAAUAUUUGUCUCAGGCUCAGGCCCAGGGGAAAAAGCGACGGAGAAGAAGAAGUCCCACGCGAAAUGCAGCCCCAUUCGCAUACGGGGAAAAGGAAAGCUCCACCUCCAUCUAUCGUACCCGCGCAUGCGGACAAGAUCAAGAGAGAAGCGUUGGGCCUUCUCGAGUAAGAAGCGACGCGCCACCCUCUUGGCCUGGUGUCCGUGUCUACUUGAAACUCAACGCGCCAUCAGCGGUGAAAGGAUCGGCUUUCUAAAUUACUUGAUUGAGUGUAACGAAACAAACUUUUUAUUUAUGCACUGGAGGAGCUUGCGGACCCAAGUAAAAGAAUGUGUCGCAGUGAGUACCUUGUCAGUUUUCCAAGUUCAGUUCUGCGGCGAGGGGUCUUCGGCUCUGCGUCUAGACUAGUCGCCGCCCUUUCGAAGUGGUCCGCUCGCUCGUUAUCGUCAAUUCCGAAGGACAUCCUAGCGGCCCUGACGUAUGUCGCGCCAUAUUUGGCCAGCGUACUGCGUCGGCCUUUGCCGAUAAUGGAGAGGGGCACGCCAGUGGGCAAGUUCUUAGCUUUCUGUGGUCUAACAGGAUGCGCCUUUAUCGUUCGGCUGCCGAUAGACGUGGCACGUGCUAAAUCUGUGGAGUCGCGUAGUCGAAUCUUCCGGCGAAUCAUCGAAAAGCCAGCAAAUGCGGACGCGGUGCACCUUGAUAGACUGACCGCGGAGGGCGUGGGCCCAUGAGGUCAGCGGGCUCAAAGCUCUUGCGUCAGAAAAUAUUUUGGGAGAAGUCAGAAGUGUGCCAGCUCAGCGAAGGGCUCUGCAAAGCGAUGCGCAUUCUGUUUUGGCCUGCUAUCUACUGACAGGAAAGCCCGAGACCCGACGCCACAGCUGCAACUCGAGGAGCUACGCAAGACGGCGGCGGAAGCAGUUAACGCGGAAGCAGAGUCUGCGUAGCUCUACGAUAGUGCAACAAACCGGGGCAGAAAGUUGGAAAGCUGGCGCACGGGAGACAGGUGCAGGCUACUCGCUGUGGGUGGGUUCAUCGCUGUUCGCCGACCCUUGGCGCGGCUGUGGGUGGGUGGGUGGGGUUGUGGUUCGCGCUGGGGCUUCGAUGGCUUGGCUUUUGUUGUGGGUGCCUAGUGGUGGCGUCUUUGGUUGUGGUUUGGGGUGGGUGGGUGGGUGGGUGGGUAGAGUCUGCGGCCCCCGCUGCGGUUGUCGUGUCCUUCUGGAUAGCGAAAAAGUAGCCAAAAAGUAGCCAGCUUUCUCGCUUGGUGGGAUCCGGAUGAUACUCAAAGUAAGGCUUGGCCACGUGAGAAGACACACCCCUACGGCAUCACAAGGAGGGCCGCGCGUAGCUUAGCCAGAGCGCAGCACUUAGGCGGGGGCCGCUGGUUACUAUACUUUGUGGCGGAGACUUUCUAAGCGCACGCGCUUGCUUUCCUUUUACAGGCUUACUUUCUAACUAGAAGGCCGGCAAGUAACUUAGACCCCGCGCCGAGUGUCCCCUCGUAGAUUUUCUGCCUUCAGAACUUCAGGAAAGCGCGCCUGGGGUCAUGGGAUGCCUAGGGCGUUCAGCUAGCGUCUUUAUUCGCGCUCGCUACGGGUACGGCUUAGCUGGUGCGCCUCGUGGCUGGUUUCGCGCGUUAAAUAACUGAGAAACUUGCUGAGGCUGGUUCUCGAUCGGCAGCGACGCUGUGACCCGGGUACUUCUUUACUCGUUAGUGUGUGGCGCCGAAAGUGCAGCCGUUUUUGGUGAUGCGUCCAUGGAUGUCUGCUACAUCUAGGAGGGGCGGACACUAAACAACUAGACGAAAAGGCUGGCGAAGAAGUAGAGCCACUCGACUCCCCCCAGGGAGGUCGUAAGGGUUAUGGCAUAUCUCAGCUUGGCUGCAUCUGCAUGUAGAUGACACCCGACCCCUCCUGGAGGGGAUGGCCGCGGGCUUCGUGAGAUCUGCAAACAGGUAGCACGUUGCUUCCCCCUUGGUGACGACUGGAAAGAAGGCCCUGGACCUUUGUGGCAGGGCUUUACUCUUCUCGGCUGUGGCUUAGUCGUGCGGCGGGGUGCUAGUGGUAAGCGAUCCCUCAGGGCCUUCUCUUGCGAGAAGGAUACUGAACUCGUCCAAAUUUGCUGCAGCGCCUCUCUGAGACAGCACAGAGCAGACCACGAAGAGGCCCGAUAAAUCAUGCAGCGCCUCGCAGUUCGUUGUGGUUGGUUGAUUAAACUGGACAACUGACAAGGCUUGGCCUGAUUUGUUUGCGGCACUUUCACCGGGUCGGGAGCGGUUGUGAGUCUUCUCAUCUGGGGCCACUCAGUGGCGCCACUGGAAAGCCUUGCGCGAAACUUCGAGAGCAGAGCUCCGCCACGGUCGUGGCAAUGAAUGGAAUCCGAACGCGUCUGAUUCUGAUGAAAGUAGAAAAGCCCCGCGUAGUUGCACUAGCUGUCGCUGGUUAGUUACAGUCGCCGCAGUUCUUUCCUCGCAGUUUUCGCGCUUUCGUUUUUCAUCUCUGACGGUAACCGGCGUAGACAGCUAAGUACGACCAACACCAGCACGCCAACGGGCCUGGGGUGCGACUGUGUGGCACCUCUUUCCGCUUCCAGUAAGCCGGCGCGCCAUGGGUUCCCGCUUCUUUGUUGUUUUGGCGAGCUCGCGUAGUAAGUUAGCUAGCUGUAGAUUGGACAGCACUCUUGGCGACGGCGACAACGCUCGGCCAUCACUCACGUAAAGAGUUCAAACGGGCACAAGAGUCCAAGAAUGGGCGGGGCGUUAUGUUGCGAAAAGCAUGCAUAGGGGGCAGGCUUUGGCCUAAAUUCUUACGCGGUAAGGCUUUCGACGUCGUGGAUGUUGGAACGCGAUCAAUGCCGAACCUUUUGCGCCGCCUGCCUCUUUUGAUCAAGGCGCCCGCGACGGCUAGGCAGGCUGUUCAUAGGGCCUGGCGCAAAGGUUGCGGCAUUGUGAUCCCUUAACUUGUUACACCCAUCAAAGUCCCCCGUAGGAACUAAAAAAGCGAUCUGUUAAGCACACGCUUAGCACUCCGCGCGUUUUUUUCUUUCUGUUCUCCGGGCAUCUAGAUUGAUCGAUGACGAAAGGCAGCUUGCUGAUACUUGUCAACAUUUUCUUACGCCGAGGCCGACUCGAUUGGCAGGCUGAGGCUUAUUUUUUUUUCAAAGUGAAAGAAGAAUCUAGAGCAAAAGCACAAGCAAGAUGCUGCAGUCGAGACACGUAGCGAACAAGCCAAGGCGCUCGCGUAUUCAAAAGGCAAGGGCGUCGCAUGUUCUCCGCGAGAGUAUCUCGCAUUAGAUUAUGCUAAGUAUGGCCCAGCGGUCUCAAGUUUGUCGCCGUGUGCGCUCCUCAGCGUAGCGCCUCUGGCUCGUUGCUGUGUCGACCUUGCUCGCGAAGCAUUUGAUAAGUGUCACGCGUCGCAAGUUUUUUGGUUGGUGGGUGUGAGAGGGGUCCACACUGCGCCAGUCUGUUGGGGUUCGUUGUUUUCUUUUUAUCUGUUGAGAGCUGAGCCACAGAAAAGACAAAACUUUGGGGCGGCUUAGUUGCGUAGAUUUGUUGACUGAGUAAGGCUUAAGGUGAAGAACGGACUUGACCGGCAACGCUCUGGAGACAUACACAAGACAGAAGCAAGUGGCUGGACCUUUUUCAGCAGGCGCCUGAAUGCAUUUGAAUCAACACCACGCAACCCAGCGCGGCGCUUCUUUGGUAUCUAUUUCUAUUCACCGCGGCCAUUCAUCGGAGAGGGAAGGGCCUAGCGUUUAAGAAUGUUAGAAAGGCCCUUCCUUCGCCUAUAAGGUCGCCUUUGCGCUCCUCACUCGAUUGGCCUUAAAUCUGGGGGGCUGUGGCGGUUCUUGCGUCUUGCUGUGGCCUCGCUCGGUUCUUGUGGGAGUUGUGUCUUGGGUUGUGGCAGUUGUGUCCUGGGUUGUGGCAGUUGUGUCCUCAGUUGUGGCGUAGCUUGUCGAGGUUGUGGGCUAAGUUUUAUGAAGUGCGAAUCUGAACACCAUGAGACUCCGAAGAAUCGCGUAAGCUUUAUGGCUUCCUUUCAAAUUCGAACAGCCUGAGAGAGAGCGGAGCCGGGCCCUUUCGUGUGCUUUCUGUCUCGCCACCUCCACCUCCACAACUCGCCACAGCUUUCACAACUUCCACAACUUAGCAAACACAAACUCAGCCCCCACAACUUAGGCCACAACCCCCACAACCCAGGCCAGAGCGUCCACAACUCUCCACAGCUUAAAAGUAAUAAAGUGCAACUUUUUCGGAGGGUUUUGGUCUUUCUAAGAAUGGCGAGCUUGUCAAUAUUGCGUUACUUUUUAUUCGAAUGCAAGCAGCUGCAGCGCAGCAAAGAAGAAACAAGCGCUGGGGGUUUUAUUUUCUUUUUUUGUGGAUGGUGCUCUUGUUCGUUAUUUCUGUUACCACACUCCCACUCGCCCACUUCUUCUACGACGAACUACCUUUGUUACCCAAGCUGUUGUAGCUGUAGACGCGGACACCUGACUGACAUGGCCACGGGUGGCGAGUGGCUACGUCCAUAUCGAGAAAUCUAUGGAGGAUUGGGCGACACGAUGGCCGCAACUUGGAAGUGGUUUGGGCAACGACUACGUCACCGCCGGCCGGACCAUAUUUAACGACCUUCGUCUCGACAUAGAAUCAGCAUUCAUCGGAGCUUUGGCGCAAUUGGUGGAGGAUGAGGACAGCAAAAUCUCUUCUCGUUAUGGAAAACCGCGCCACAGUAUCCUAUCUUAUCAGGGUUUAUCUUAUAUAAUAUACCAUAAGUAAACUAGUACUAUAUGCUUACUUAAUAUGCAAGAACAACGUCGUCCACCUCUGUAGGCGGCAGACACAAAAUGAUCGAGAGGGUUCCACCGUAAUCGAACGGGUGAACACCUCACAUGCAGCGACCCCCCCCACCUCCUGAAUAGAUAUUAUAAAUCAAUCAUUCAAUCUUUCUUACGCCGAGAGACCGUUUCAGAAGACUCAUCUCAUUGGAGAUCAACUAGGAUAACAUCUAUAAUCUAUGUAAGUAUCUAAAUCAAAGUAUACUAAAGAUAUCAAUUUGAUAAAUACCUUAUAAACUUCUUCUUCGACUGUUCUAAUGUGACGCUCAGACAGAGCUCCGUGAUCUCCGUGCUGCAAAAGGUGAAGAGGCGGACGCUGACAAAUUAGAACGAUACGAUGUCGACCUGUACGUACGUGCAUUGGCCAAUGUAUUGAAAUUUUACAACCGGGACGUCUCGCCAAACUUAUACCCGAAGGAAUCAGAAUCAGCAAGAGAGACGAAGAAGGUGAUCCGGGCGCUGCUAUUCAUGGUUCUCAGAGAGGACUUCGUUUCGAAUGCCAGCGGCUCGACGACCAGCGGUCAAACGACCAGAGGCUCGACGACCAGCGGCUGGACGACCAGCGACGAAGAAGAUUCAAUAUCAUCAAGGUAAGUAACAACUUACUUACACAUGUUCACUCACUAGUCUAUAGUAUCGUCAGAUCUUCAUCAUUUUCAAUUUUAUUGAUGCAUAAAGAGGAACGAGAAGACCCCCGUCUGUUUGUAGCUAUACUUCCAGUACAGGAGACUUGAGUUUUUGAAUAUGAAGUAUAAUCCAAUCCCCUUCUCAUCUGUGACUGUCGUGGUGACUUCUCCUGCAAAUUGACUUAUCCAGGGACGAAGUAGAGAUAGACUCCGACGCUUCCACAAGAGUAUCUGCACCUUCCGACAUCGGGACUGAGUCCUCCGACAGUAGCUCCUGAGUCGCUUGACCUGGGCGGACAUGAACAUGUUGUAGGCUGGUCGGAUCCGCUACUCUAAAAUCUGCCGCCAGGACGUUAUCAUAAUAUGGAAGCAUGAGGUGUAAAACUGAAAUAAGAAACGAGACAUAUUAUUAUAUAGUUAUGGAAGAUUGUCAACUUUUUUUAUUUGUAAUACGGAGAAAAAUCGAACAAGAUCUUCCCUUUUCUUUGAGCAGCAUCUGCAUCAUUUGUCCAUUUUUUAUGUUUAUGCAGAGCAAAUAAGUACAACAUCAAAAAGAUUAUCGUGAGUUCUAUUAUGACAUUCGUUCUUGGUACCAUCAUGUACUAUCUAUGAGCUGUGAUACACCUCUUUUUCCAUGUUGCUUGUGCUUCAGCCUUUGGUGAAAGUAAAAGCUACCAUUGAUUCGCGAUUCUUGAUACACAGUCUGCGACUGCGUCCUAGAAUUUGUGGUGUCCAACCAUCGAAGAAAGCCUCUCUGAGCGUCACGAGCGGAGCA